CCUAGAGUGGAGAGGUCUUUAUAACCCGCUACGUUAUAGGGCACUCUAUACAAAUUCUGUAAUACGGAGCCUUGUAUUUUCUUUGGUGACAGCGUCAUUUCAAAUCACAGCGGGGAAAAAUACAAGGAAACAAAAUCCAUAAAAAAACAUUAGUUCUACAGGAAUGAUGAGAUUAUUUCACUCGUGUUUGCAAGUUAUUUUGUGCUGUCUUCUGUCAUGUAUCCCGGUCACAGGGCAGGGAAUUAACAGGACCAAUCGUCUCAACAUUAACACAGGAACAAACCAGGUUAAACCUAUCGAACCUCGCAUGCCAAAUUUUGGAGGAAAUUCUACAAACAACGCACAGAAGUUCAUCAGGCUUUCAAAUGGUUCCAGCGAGCAAGAUCCAUUUGCAUCAAUAACCAGAACUACUGCUUGCGGAACUACCUACGUUCUGGAGGAUGGUCACAUGGCUAUGAUUUAUUCCAGGAGCGAUUAUUACUCAUACACCUGUGAGAAUACCUUUAAAGCAGCCGGGGAUUCGUCGAUACUGAUCAUGGAAUGUCCGAACUUCCGCCUCAGGUUCAGCUGCUACUUCGAAUCUCUGCAAAUCAGCACUGGCGGCAAAGAACAGGAAUAUUGUGGAAAGGACGAAGUUCCCAGAAUUUCCUCCAGGGAGAUCAAAGUAUAUUACAAGAGAGUCUUGACGGGCUUCAAUGGAGGUUACAACUGCCUUAUGAUUGCCAAAGGACCAUCAGCUCAGCGAGUGACUGCCUCGACUGAACCUAGAUGUGGCGUUACGCUAAAUACGAAGGCUUCAGUGAAUGAACAUAGAAUCGUUGGGGGGACGAAUGCUCCAAAAAUGCGACACCCUUGGAUGGUUCACUUGAAGCUGACCGUGGGCAAAUACAAUUACGAAUAUCGUUGUGGUGGGAACCUGAUUACGAAUAAGCACAUCCUUAGCGCUGCCCACUGUUUCUAUGGCUACGACAUCAGAACAAUCGACGUUGCUUUGGGAAAAAACGAUUUGUCCGUUGCUGAUGAACAGGGUUCUGUCUGGAGAAGGACAUCGACGUACAAAGUUCACGAGAACUAUGAUGAGUCUCUCGUUCUGCAUGACGUAGCCAUCGUCACCAUUCCGGAAUCCGUCACAUACUCUGACUUUAUUCUUCCAAUCUGUUUGCCCCCGGCUGACUUGAAAAUUCAAGGUGGAGAGGAGAGUGUUGCUGUCGGAUGGGGAGCAGUCUCUUACGGGGGUCAAGAAGCCUUGGUCCUUCAAGAAGUAAACCUGACAGUACAGUCCAACAACCAGUGUCAGUCGGACUGGAGGAAAAAGUUCGUUGACCCAUUGUUUGAAAUUUUCGACAGCCAAUUAUGCACUAAGAAUGCUGGUAAAGACACUUGCAGUGGUGAUUCUGGAGGACCUCUUCUGUACAAGGUGAACGGCUCAUGGACGCUGAUUGGGAUUACGUCAUUUGGGUACAGGUGCGCUGAUCCAGACGUUGGUGGUGUGUACACAAGGGUAAGCAAAUACAUCAACUGGAUCAAAAGAAACAUUCAAUAGAGCCCCGGCUUAGAAGUCGAAAGAAUGACUGAUUUACAUGGAUGACAAAGGAAAUCACAAUAAAAGUUUACUGUUUUUUAUAACAUAUAAUAGACUGAAAAAAGGCAAGUGACUGUUAUCUGUUUGUUAGGAUCAUGGAAUAAGUUGACUGCUCCAAAUUUCUUUAAUAUCAAAAUAAAAGUAUUCUAAGCACAUUGAUUCUAAACUUGAAAAACCUCAAAAUAUAGAGAAAGCCACUGAUGCUGAGUCGUUACUUGCUAAAACAAAAUUUACAGCAAGGGUGAGGACAGCCUGUCAUUACAAAAGACCUUGACAACGUUGAGUUGUCUAUGUUCAAAAUAGCAUAUAUACGAAAUAAGUGGAACCAAAUGUUUUUACUUGCGAUUUUCAAUUACGCCUGGCAAAUCAUAAUCUGAUGGGUAGCACUGAUAGACCAAUGCCCACAUGUAUCCGCAAAUGAUUGCUUUUCUGCACUUGCGACUAACAGCAGCUCACAAACAUUAUAACGAAGUUAUUGUUGACUUAAUAAUAAUCAGAGGUUUUGUUUCAGUCACCUGUUUAGGUACUUUAUUCUGAAUUCUUUUUCAACGGGUUUUCAGCGGGAGCUGAGAAAAACUUAAUCAUACUGGUUUUCAGUUACAGUGUACAAUAAUUCCCUUUGAAUAAGAUCAACCAUAUUAAAACUUACCCGCAACACAGAAGAAUCUUAUGUAAUAUAUAUCUGACUUCUAAUAAUGUAUAGACAAAAUACAUGUCGACAGAUCAAACAAUAUUUACCAUA